CUUUCUCGAUAUUUUUUUGAUUUUUUUGUGGAUUACUAUUCGAUGUGUGUCCAGAGUCUUUGACCAGCUUAUUUUGUAUGUCAUUCAAAAGUAUUGAAAUUGAUUUUUUAAGUUUCCUAUAACGUUUAUUUAAUCAUUAAAUUUACCCACUGAGUCUAAAUAAAGCAAAAAUACCACUGAUAUGAGAUAAUCAUUCCACUGGAUUAAGUAUAGAAGAGUACCGAAGAAGUUCUAUAACAGAGUGAUUCAUUUCGGAUCCAUACGCCAAGUGGUAAAUUGAUUUCGGCUCCUUUUCCAACUAAACUGGCCAAGUCAAUUGGGUCAUCUUCAUCAUUUCCAAAAGGCGAAGAUUCUUUUAUGUUAUAACCAAGUCCCAAAUAUUCUAUAAACUUUUUUACAAAUGUGUGUAAAAUUAUUUUUGGACAUAUAAGCAAUUGUUACCUAAUCCGUAAAGUUUAAGGGAGUUAUCUUGAUUGUUAUAAAUAAAAGGAUUUAACUUUUGGGCAAAAAUGGUGUUAAUGUAUAAGAAUGUUGAAAUGAGUCCUACUAUGUUUAUUACCAUUUGUGUAGUGGAAUCGAAUUUUUAGAUCUAAAAUUUGUGUCAGUUUAAAUUUGUAAAAUUUAACUUUUUUAUACCUUUUUUCCCAUUUUUUUAUAAUCAUAGAGGCACCUGGCCACUUUUGCCAGAGUCUGAACUAGUCAAUUCCUCUAUUAAUUGUUGACUUCGACACACAGCUCGGUUGAAUAAUUAUAUGCUGUUUUUAUUCUUAAUCUUUAAUUCACUCCCAUUUUGUAUUCAAAGCGAUUUAGACUUUAAUAUUUGCAAUUUUAGCACAAGUUAUUUACUAACAAGGUUAAAAGGAUUAGGCAACUUUCCUAAUAAAAAUAAAAAUAAAUUUAAAAUUGCCCCAAAACCACAAUCUGAUUAAAAUUCAAGGAUAAUCCUACCAAUAAUAUUACAUUUAAUUGUCUUUUAAACGAAUCAGAGGAUCUUUCUCUAAACAUAAAAUCUUUUCUGAAGAUUCAAGCACACACAUUGGACAUUAAUUUGUUUAAAAUUAGAAUUUUCUAUUAUUUUCAAUAACUGAAUAAGAUGUUAACGUUUAAAAAUAAAUAAGAAAGUAUUAUCGAGUAUAUUUUUUUGGAAAUUGAUCUGAUCAAUUAAAUUUCGGAAAAUUUUCAAAAAUAAAAAUCAAAUAAUUGAAGUUUAAAUAAGGAUAUUGGUUUUGAUAGUUUUACUAAGUUUAUUCUAUUAAAUAGAUUAAAAAUUUUCCGUUCAAUAAGGCGCCGAGGAUUCUCAGAAUAAGGAACGAUUUAGACAAUAGAAUUUCUGAAAAGGUUAGUUCAUUUUAUUUAUUUUAUGUUUCGUAAAAAAUUGUCGUCUAAAAAGGUGUUUUUGUGACGUGUUUUCUUCAAAUGUGUAGGUAUGUUAGUUUUUGUGGGUGUUGCUGUUUUAGAGUGGAUUGUUGUGGAAGAUUGAGAAACUUUGCCUUGUACAUUUUUUAAAUAUUUCAAAAGUGUUAUUUAUUAUUACACAUUAAUAUUAUUCUUAUUAAGAAUAUGUUUAUUUGUAGAUUCUAAGUUGAAGAAAUUUACCUGUUAAAAUUUUUGUAAAAUAAUAAAAAUUCCCGCUAGUUCUGGUAAACUGAACUAACCUGUAAUAUAUUACCCUUAAAACUCUUUGGAAGGGAUUCCGCCCGUUAGUAUAAAAUAUUCCUCUGCUUUUAUCGUUCUGUACAGAUUUUGACCUAUUGAAUGCAGUAGAUUUCAAACUCUAGAUUAAACUAAAAAUGAAACAUUUUUAUUAAAACAGGAGUCAAAAAUGGAUCCUAAGAAUCUUGAUACACAGAAGAUUAAUACACAUAAGAACUCUCACAACACACUUAAGAAUUCUCGUUACACACCCAGCAAUGUUCAUAAUACUGUUAACACUAGUAACACAGUUGACAAGGAUAAUACUGUUAAUGUAGUUGACCAUGAUAGUCCGCAACACAAUCAAAUGAAUAACAUUUCACCUGAAAUUAAGGUGAACACUGCUAAUACUAAUGUAUGUAACACUAAUACUAAUGUAUAUAACACUAAUGCUAAUGUAAACAAUACUGAUGCGAAGAGUAACAACACACCUGAAAUUAAGCUAACCAAUGCAGUUAAGAGUAAUACACUAAAUAAGGAGAAUACUACCCACUCUUUAAAGGAGAAUAGUACUGACAAGAAGAGUAAUUCAACCUUUAAAAGAGUUAACUCUGAAAAGAAGAGUUAUGCCACUAAUACUACCCACAAUAGGUCCAAUAUUAGUACUACCAACUCCUCAAAAGAUAACUCUGAUAAAAAUAACAUGCCUGAAACCAAGGCAGUCAAUUCCAAUGCUGAUAAACAGAAUGUGCCUGAAACUAAGGUGCCAGAUUGCAAUGCAGCUGAUAAAAAACUCAACAAUACUAUUGUUACCAACACCAACACACCCGAUAAGGAUGUUUCACCAGAAACCAAGGUAUCUGAUUCCAGUACUGAAAAACAGGAUGAGCCUGCAUCUCAGGUAAUCAACUCCACUACUGAAGAAAAAAGCACAGAAAAAAAGGUAGAACUGGAUAAUGUUGACAUUUCCAAGAUCAUUAAGGAGAUUAUAGCCAACAACAGGGCUAACAUAAUACCCGAAAGUAAGGCUAGCACCAACGCCAGCACAUUUAGGGAAAACACCUUCAGGGCUGACAAUGUUGGUGAAAUGUUCCCUAAUGCGGAGGUUAAAACUGGUAUAGAACUGGAUGGAAGGGAGUUUAGCAGGUAUAACACUGCAGAAACAGCUUUGGUGACUGAUCGUAUGUGCUAUGACGCUCAAAUUGGCUACAAAAGAACAAAACCUGAUGAGAGGAUGUUUAAAUUUGACAAUAGGUUGAAAUACUUUAAAAGACCGGAAACCAUUAAGAAUGACAAGCUUAUUGAAAAACUACAACAAUUAAUCGUUAACAACGCCACAAGGAGGGAUGCUAUGGAUAAAAGAGAUCUGCAGAUAAGGGAUGGCUUCGAAAGGAGGGACCCUUAUGAGAGAAAAGAUCAAUAUGACAGGAGGGAACAGUAUGAUACUGAACAAAUGAUCACUGAGCAGUACAUACGGCAGCAGUUGUACUACAGAGAAGACAUUCACCAAGGGAUGAUUGGAAUAGCCGAGAGAAGAGGUGGUCUCAGCUGGAUCAGAACAAGUAACGGCAAUUUACUUCCCCAAAUUGAAAACACUUGGCUAAAACACAUUAUCACAAGUCUUCAAAGUAACAAACUUGCCCUCAUGAACUUUUUUACUAACCUCGAAAAGUGCUUGAUUGAGUCAGUACAAUUCUUAUACAGGGAAGGCAUUAAACCUUACCUAGGCGAUGUGGCAAAUCAGAUGAAGAGAUCGAUUUGUGACAACUUUUGGAGUGCAGCUGAGGUUGCCUAUGUGUCCCUCCACUGCAAGAACACAGUGAAGCUGAACAUUGAGCUGAGGGUUAAAGGUGAGAUGGGCUGGGUGGUUUACUUGAUUAAGGAACCAAGUGACUUUAAAGGCUUUGUGGAUACUCACUCCACCAUCAACAGCUACGACGAUUACUACUGGCGCCAGCUGAACAUCUUCGCCUCAUCAAUUCUGACUAACAAUAAUGAUAAGGUUAAGGACGACAAGGACUUUAACGGAGGCAGAUAUGCUUUCGCAGAAAGACUAAAGAAUGAAGUUGAAGCCUUCAGGGACAUGAGACUUGGUGAGGUGGUUCACCUGGUGCAGCUGGCCAUAUACUCUGGAAUCUUCGUAUACACUCAGCGGAUUUUAUUGCCGGUUUCAGCUUGUGAAAAAACUGCCCAGGAGUUGUUUCCAAAGCUUAAAAAGUCAAGAUAUCCAGUUUGUACUUGCAUAAACGAGGUGCUUAAAAUCGUUUCUCUGCUCGUGGAUAACAGGAAAAACGGCCUGGUUCUAGCCCAGCUUAAACAACAAUUUAUGCUCCAGUUUAACAGGGAACUUAAUCCACUAUCUUUUGGAUACAGAAAACUCCAAAAUCUUCUCUUGUCUGACUUGUUUAGCCAAAAUUAUCAUUUGUUUGUACCAGUUGACUCUCCUCAUAGGACCCACAUCCAACAUAUUCAAUACCCAAUCCCCUCUGGGUGUAAGAUUUUCAAGCAGUCAAAGCUCCGGUUUGACCCUCUAAAGUUUCCCACACCACUCACAGACUACUAUGAUCAGUACUAUAACAUCUGCAACAAGCAUAGCAAGAGCGGGAGCAAGGGAUAUAAGAGCAAAGAGUGCACUUGCUUGUGGAAACUUGAAUACGAUACUCUACCCCAAGUCGUCCAAGAUUCUAUUAAGGACUAUCUUGAAUAAUUUUUUCUAAUUUAUCUCUACUUGUA